AUGUGUUCUUAAAUAAUGUCCAAUAGCCACUUAUUCUUAAAGCCUUGUUUUAUAAGAAACCCAUCUCAAAAUGGUGUAGGCCGAUAUGUUUGUCAGUUACAGAGAGUUGUUUUAAAGUUUUGUAAAAACAAUGGAUCAAGUAGAGGAAUGAGAGAAUUUGUGGAGUCCAAUUUAGUUCGAUUUGCUAAAGAAAAUCCGGAAUUUGUCAUUUAUUUAAAGCCUAGAAGGCAUCGAUCGCCUAUAAUAAAAGCAGAAUAUUUAAAUGGCGAUACUCAAUGGAUAAAUGCUAGAAACUUUACACAUGAAGAAAUCCUAAAAUGGUUAAAAUUACUAAAAGGCCAAUCCAGAGACGCCACAGGCACAAGAAUCCGUAAAUUGAUCUUUACAGAAUGUCCAUCUAUUCAAGGGCCUUGGACACCAUACACAUUUAGAGAUCCCCAGAUGAAUUUGGUUGAAUUUCCAAAUUCUGAACUGUCAAAACCUUUCCUUUUGGAAAGAACAGCCACAGAUGAAAUAAUUGAACUCUUUAAUAAACAAAAACUUGAAGAAGCCAAAGCUAAAGUAGCACAGUGAAUAUGACAUGAAAAAGUAGUUUGCUUUCUAGUUUUGUAGUAACAUUUCAAUUAUUUUAUAAAUAUUUCAUUCAUGUAUUAAAGUGUUUUGUAUUUCUC